GGAUAUUGAAGUCAGCGGCUUUCCGAAUACUACGAUUUUGUCUGUCCAAUUCGUACGCCACUGAUGUUCAUUUGUCCAGAUGAGCCUGGAUAUUGCAAAUUUGCUUAAUUGUGCAGCAUGCAGUAAACCAAAAGUCAUGAUACCUGCCAGUAAGCAGCUCACAGUUUUGACUGAAUCAAAGGAGAAUUGUAGUCAGUUGUGUUCAGCAAUCGCUGCAUGUGUUUUCGCGAGCGAUGAUCGUUUGUCUCCCGAUGGGCGUUUAAUCGGACUCAUCCACCUCAAAAAUAUUAUGUUUGAUGGCAGGGUUUGGCAAAAUAUCGACAUCAGGGUAAGAAAGCAUGUCGAAGCUCUGCUGUUUGGUUAUCUAUCUCGCGGUACAGAACACAAUGAACACUCCAAUUCAGUCGAAAGGGCUCCAAAAAGUGGCAUAAUUAUUGUGGAAUUAGUUGCUAAAUAUGUGAAAAGUGAGUGGCUGAAGAAUGACUGGUCUGACUCCUUCUGGCAUAAGCUUUAUGAUUGGUGUGCAUGGUCUUCUUUGCGAUCUGGAAUAAAAGCUGCUGGAAGCUUCCGCCUACCUCAGAGACGUCGUGCAUUUAAUGCUCUAGUCAGAAGUGUAUUGCCAAAUCUUAUAGAGUGUUUCCAGAGUGUCACAACAGAUCUAGUUAAGAAUAUUGACCCCAGCAUAAAACUAUCAAGAUUACUUUAUUCCUGCUUUUCUUUGACAGAUUUCAGUCCUCGCAUGUCUACACAAGACUCAAAAGAGUUAUUCGAAAGUGCUCUGACAGUUUCCCUUCAGACGUUAAGACUCGCAUUUCAAGAUCUAUUCGACAAUGAAAAGUUACCUCUAAUGUACAUCUUUCGUCGUCGUGUAUCAAAAUUGCUUCUUUCAAUGUUCUUGUCAUGUUCUUCAGAAGUUCGUAACUGCUUUAUUGAACCUGUAAUGGAGCAUAUUUUGGUUAUUAUCUCUUGUUCAGAUGGUCUAAAACUAUCCUACAAGAACAGAUAUGCAGUGAAAUGGCUUUUAGCAAUCGCAUACAAUGUACUGUGCUGCAAAUCUCCCGGAUAUGGAGCUUAUAUUAGCCUCACUGAACAGGGGAAACAGAAGAUGCAGGGUUGCUUGCCAAAUAUAGAAUCAGAAGCAGUUGCACUUAGAAACUGCCAAAACUAGUUUAUUUCAGUCUUUAAGCUUCACUGAGCAGUCUUAUGAUGUAACCACUUUCAGAAGUUAUUUUGAUAAACCCAUGUUAGCGUUUCAUCUUAUUGAGUUUCCCUAGCUGGGGGUUUGGAUUUAUUGGCUGUUGGUAUGAGUGUUGUUUUACAAGUCUUAGAAAAAUAUAUAGUGAUCCCCUGCACAAAGAAUGGUGUUUAGCCGACCAUAGGAGCCCUAUUUUCAGUAACCUAAAUCACCUUAACAGAUUUCUGCUACUUCGACUCGGUGGUCGGGCUUGUAUAUCACAGUGACCCACCGAGCUACACUAGCUGAAACACUUGUUCCUUCGACAUCAUUCUAUGCCAGGAAGAUCUGUUGGAUAGUGGUAAGACGGAAAGCAGCUACCGUCAGUGUAAAUUAAUGCGCUGUUAUGGUGGUUCAAGAGUAAAGUCGUACUGUUGACUGGUGGGAUGACAGCAGUAAGGUGUUUGCAGAUGACCAGCAGUAUCAUGCUGAUGCCUUCCCUAUGAGAAGCAGCAGGGGAGGGAAUAGAAGAGGCUGAGCUAAAAAGUAGCACAUUCUUUUCCCUGUAGUCUUCCGGUGCCUGCAGUAUGGGCCUUCCGUGUCCGGUGCUAGAACAAUCAGAUCUUAAACCAUCAAUUCUCAGAAGGCUGUGAGAGACCUUGAGCAGUUGUCCCGUGGACUCUGUGGUCGCACAAAUUUUUUCCCUUCUCGCUCAGAUACCCUGCAGAAACAAAUUCCACGGUGUGGGCAACCGGGAGCUGUCAGCCGCUCUCACGCUUCUGGUGGUAUACAAGACCCGAUCAAGCGCAACCUACCCUUCUUACCCCUAUCUCCUUCUUUGCUUUCACCUCCUGGUACUGAUACUGAGCCCCUUACAGCUUUCUAAACUUAUUAUCCUGCAACCUUUGGCAUCAAUACAAGUCAGCAAAAUACCGUUCCUAGUCUUUAGAGUCCAACAUUGACUUCAUAUUGGAGCUUUCAGCCUCCGAACACUGCCAAAUGCGUCAACGUGCCUCCAUUACCAGGAUUGGAAUCUCGAGUCGUGGUUGCAUGCUGUCUUUCUGCGCUAGAAUUAUGGAUGUCUCAGUCUUGUCUGUCGACCAGCGGACAUGUCAAUAAAAAGUGGACUCAUUUUAUGUUGUCACUCUUCGAACAUUGGUUUCUGCUUUCUGCAAAUGAAUUCCAACUUCUCACAACUAAUCCAGAAGCUUGCUUAGCUUCAGGUGGUAUAACCACUACAAAAGCAGGUAGUGAGAUAGAAGCACUUGAAGGCUGUAUUGAUCUGAAUUCCGUUUGGAAUGUUGAUUAUCAGGCGAAUGAACUUUGUAGAUGUAAUCUUCAGACAUUGUUGGGGAUCUCUGACAGUUCUCAGCAUAUGCUAACUGCCGAACCCUGUCGUCAGUUAGUAGAACUUAUAUUCACAGUAUACUGCCGUUUUUAUGAAGAGAAUAGUCCAAUAUUGUAUCAGAUUGUUGAGGAAAUAAAUGUUAGAAUAGACAAACCAUUUAUCUACGAAGCUAUUAUGCGACUCAUACAACUGUGCUUACCAUAUUUUGGUACUAAAGCUAAUUGGAUUACUUUAACGAAGCAUCUUCUGGCUGAAGGAUUAGUUCUAGGCAAUUCUAUACAAAACAAUCUUGGUUCACAGCCAUUAGAAGAUGAAAUUGCCCAUGUUGUUAUUUUAACCCGAACUCUAUGCCUUUUAUCGCGGUACAGCAUAGUGUGUAUUCCAUCAGAUGAUAUGGAGUCUUCGACAAUGAAGUUACGAUGUAUCGAUGCUCUUGGACACCUCAAUCAAUUCCUAUGUCGUCCAUCCAACUGGGGUCAAGAAAUAUCUCGAAAUCAAUUGAUGCUGUGUAUAAGAUUAGCAGCUGCAUACAGUCUUGCAUGGUUAUUACAAGAACCAGUGUUUCCUGAAGAUGUCUUAGCAACACAUGCAGAAAAUCUACUGUAUAAUAUACUUCUAUUGAUUCAGGAUGUCAAAGAAUGCGAAACACAAAUUUACUUAUUGACUGUAUUACGUAAUCUAAUCCAGCGAAUCGAUCUAAUUUCUUUCCCUCAACUUACAUCUCCUAUCUUAAGUACUUUAGAUCACUUAUGGAGUCUUAGUGGUCAAAGUGCUGCACUUCGUGCCAAUAUCUUGGAUACCGUAUGUCUUUUAGUUACUGAACUGAAUGCAUCUAAUGAAAAUGUUGAAUUACUUCCGGAAUUUAAUGCUUUAAUACGAAGUCCUGUAAUCGGAUUGAUUCAGAUGUCAUUAAGUCAAGUUAAAGAAAACAGUAUUAGUGGUUCAGAAACCUUAUUUGAACCAGGUCUUCGUUUAUGGGUUAGUCUGGUCGAAGGUAAUGGUUCAAUAUGGUCACCAGAUUUAAUCAACUUGAUGCCUGUAUUAGUCGGAGACAGUAUGCGUUUACUGCAGACUAGUGGAGAUUUAGCUACGAAUGGUUCAUUCAACCAACCUUUACUUGGUCGUGUGGAUUCAGGGGAACAGGUUGAUCUAGUUUUUCGUAUUGCUUAUGGAACCUUAAGGUUAGCUCAUAAAGCUGGUCGUGAUAUUCUACAAAAUUUUGUUAACCAAUGGUCUGAGCCAUUUUGGAUGUCUAUUUUGAUUGUCAGCUUGAACUGGAGUACAAAUGAACAGGUGAAUUUAGAGAAUCUUUAUUCUCAAGCUUCUUGUACAGGUGAUGAAAAUAGCCCAGAUGAGGAAUCAAAAUAUCGAUUGAGUCAAUUGAAGUUAUUCAUCUUAUGGUUUACAAUCUAUUUGGAUAUUAAAUGCUCUGAACAACAAACAUCUUUAUCUUCAAGUGCAAUUGGUUUACUUGUUUUGGCGGCUAGAUAUUGUCUAAUACGUGCACCUGAAAAUGCCUUCUCCGAUGUCAGUCCAAAAGCUACAGAACUUCGAUUGGAACUUCUCAGUAGAUUAGUACUAUAUCCGAAUAUGUGGUCCUACUUCAUCACUGUAUUGCGGUUAAUUCACAGACAUACUGAUGACAAAUUUUUUCAUAAUUUACACCUACUUUUACAAGAGUGUAACCCAAUGAUUAAUCAAGUGUCUUCAUUUUCUAUAAGUGAAUUAAGGAGUUUUUUACACUCAUCACUUACUCGAUGGUUAGGACGAGCUGAUUCACUUCCAACAUAUAUAGAUCGACGUUGUGUAGCUAUUGCUUCUAUAAUUUGUUUAAGACAAGGUGUUCAAUUAUAUACACUUAAUGAAAUUCAACUAGGUGAUCCAAGAUAUUUAGAGGAAUUGGCUGUAAAUGAUAGUUGGCAUGCUCAAUGGCUUGAACCAGUAAUUAAUCUUAUUGUACAGGUCCUUUAUGAUGAAGAUGAACUGACGAUACAAGAUGAAAAUAUUUUAUUCUAUUAUGUUUAUCCAGUUGGUAUUGCUACAAUGAAUGGUUUGAUGCAUCGAGUACGUAAUGAACUUGAUUUAUGGCAAAAACAGGUUGGUAGCUCUCAGAUGGCUGAUGCCUUAAUCAGAUGUUAUGUCGAUCCAGCUCUACGCCUCCAAAUAGAAAAUCAAUUAAAUCGUAGUUAUUAAUAUCAUCAAAAGAAUAUUUCCUUCAUAAUCCUUAUAAUUCUUUUGUAAUGUAAAAAAAGUUUUAUACCUAAUUGAAAAUGUUUUCUCAUAUUAUUUUGAUUUUGUGUUGCAUUCAGCAUAUGCCGUUGAAACAUACCGACAUCAAAGUAUAACCUUGGAGAAUUUAUCAUAGUUUGCAACAUUACUUUGAACAAUGUAUACUGGUGUAUCACUGUUGUCUAUUUUAAACCAUACUACUUAUUCUCUAACAUUUGAUUACUGCUAUCUCGAGUGCUUCAACCAGGUAAGUUAUAUAGUUUAGAUCAAAACUUCAUCGGUCGGUGCCAUAUCUUAGUUCGGUCAUCUUUAACUUUCUCUUUACCUUAUUCUGUUUCAAGUGAUAUUGCUGAUCGAGUUAUACGGUAAAUUGGUAGGCUUUAAUACAUUAACUCAGGCUAUUUCAAUCUAUGCGGGUCCAUAACUUC